AUCACGCCACAACCCUUGGGUGACGUCACGUGCGUCACGAGCGCACGCGUAACGCGCCCCGCCUUGCCCCGUGCAGCGGAGGGGUGGCCAGGAGGGGCAGGAGUGGGAGGGGAGGGGGCUCGGCCGUGGGACGCGGCGCGGACAGUCGCGAGCGAGCUGCCGUUUGCAGCAGCGGUGAGUGCUUUGCGUGUGUUUGGAUUGUACGACGUUCGCCGGUGCACAGCUGAAGGGUGCGGAGCGUCGGAAGUAUCCCUGCGCGCUGACUGCGCAGACGCGGUCAUAACGGCUGGAGAUGUCAAGAGGUGUCCUUGGCGAUCUCGCUGUUCGGACCUGCAAAUUUCAAGGGCAGCCAUGGUUCCUCACAGUAGCAAAUGCGACUCUCCACUCCUAGGAGCGCAGUAAGUACUUUAUGCGUAGAGGGGCUAUGGAGGAUUGGCAUGCGUGAGAGAGA